AUCCCCCGAAUCGAGUCAGCCUCCCCCUCCUCUCCCUCCUGUCGCCAGCCUGAGCAGCUCUCCUCCUGAGCAUUCAGCAGAGAAGGCUAAUGAGAAGUGCUAACGACAGAGAGCCCACCAUUGGCUGUCCCGACUGCCGAGGCUGGCAGGCAGUGGCGACAGGGCAGGACCGGACUGACGGUGGAAACACCGGGACAACUCCACGAACACGGACGGAAAACGAAGGGAAUACAAGUUUUUUUGUUUUUUUACAGUUUGGAUUACCCAAACGGGACCUGAAACGUCGCUAACGCUCAAUGUUAGCUGGAACUUUUUUUUUUUUUUUUUCUCCCCGAGCCGUGAUGUGGUGACGCGACGGGGAAGCUAACGUUAGCCGCUUGCUGCUAACCACACAGAUAAAUCAUUUUCAUAAUAUGUUUGAAUCAAGGAUGUUUUUAAAAACUUGUUGUAACACUCUCAGCGAUGUUUGAUACACAUUUAUACUAAUCCAUAUCAGGUGGUCAACUUUUAUACGGGAUUAGAGCAUUAUCUUUAUCAUCUGAAACUAGCAAAGGCGUUAGCUACCUAGCCGGCUAGUAGCUAACCACCGUCUGUUUAAACGGACUGCAAGCCAAAGAACUCCGCUUCAAGUUAGCUCAAGCUAGCGAUGCUACAGCUGUUUCCACGUCAGCUAACUGUGUCAUAACAUAUCGACCUGUUGUGAGAUGUAGAUUUUUUUUUUUAGAGUAUUUGACUCUAUCUCUUGGUUUUUCUUAGCAGAGAUAGACUCUGGACUUCUUUAAUCCACGUAUGCAGUCAUCGAGUCGCCAGCUAACGAUGUCAGCGUGCUAAAGGUUGGUUAGCCGGCCAAAGUUGGAUUACUGCCCCCCUCUGCUCACUUUCUGAGGGUUUCUCUUCGAGGCCUUUAGGAUCCAAUCUUUUCCUCUUGUCGCAGCCUUAAUGCAUCCACAGCCUUUGAAUGGAAUCUACAUGUUCUGAUGUGAAUUGACUCGGGAUAUUUCUUGGUGCUGGGGACUUUAUUUGGAGCACCUGGACUUUGUUUACUUGACUCCAUAAAAUAACGUGGAUUUCAGAGGCAUCCGGAAUAACUCCAUUUAGCCAAGAUGAUGUGCGAGGUGAUGCCCACCAUCAGCGAGGCUGAAGGGGGAGGUGGCGGUGGACGUCGGGGCUCAGGCUCUCCCCUGCAGUCGGACUCAGAGGGUCACUUUGAGUCGCUGAUGGUGUCCAUGCUGGAGGAGAGGGAUCGUCUUCUAGACACUCUGAGGGAGACUCAGGAGAACCUGGGCCUGACUCAGGGCAAACUGCACGAAGUCAGCCAUGAAAGGGACUCGCUGCAGAGACAACUGAACACCGCUUUGCCCCAGGAGUUUGCUGCGCUAACAAAGGAGGUGAACGUGUGCCGGGAGCAUCUUCUGGAGAAGGAAGAGGAGAUCGCAGAGCUCAAAGCUGAGAGAAACAACACACGGCUCCUGUUGGAGCAUUUGGAGUGCCUGGUGUCUCGCCAUGAGCGGAGUCUGAGGAUGACGGUGGUGAAGAGACAGGCCCAGUCUCCAGCUGGAGUCUCGAGUGAGGUGGAAGUCCUCAAAGCCCUAAAGUCACUUUUUGAACACCACAAAGCCCUCGAUGAAAAGGUGAGAGAGCGACUACGCGUUGCUUUGGAAAGAUGCAGCGCGUUGGAGGAGCAGCUCACCAUCUCACACAAAGAAUUGGCUUACCUCAGGGAGCAGAGCAGCCAGAAGAGAGGGCUGGCGGAUGGAACGAGCGAGGUCAACCACAACUCUGAAAACACGCCGAGCACUAACGGCAAGCGUUCCUCGGACGGUUCCCUGAGUCAGGACGAGGAGUCGGGACUCGGGUUCGGGAAGGUCGGUGAGCUGCAGGAUGUGGUGGAGCGUCAGACGGCCGAUCUCGGCCAGAUGAAGGAGCGCAUGGCUGCCAUGGUCUCACGCAUCAACGAGCUGGAGGAGGACCUGGACACGGCCAGGAAGGACCUCAUCAAGUCUGAAGACGUGAACACGCGGUUACAGAGAGACCUGAGAGAGUCGAUGGCUCAGAAGGAGGACAUGGAGGAGAGGAUCACCACCCUGGAGAAGCGUUACCUGGCAGCUCAGCGGGAGGCUACCUCCGUCCACGACCUCAACGACAAGCUGGAGAACGAAGUGGCCAACAAGGAUUCUCUCUUCAGACAAACCGAGGACAGAAACCGGCAGCUCCAAGAGAAACUGGAGCUGGCUGAGCAGAAGCUGCAGCAGACCAUCCGCAAGGCCGAGACUCUGCCUGAGGUGGAGGCCGAGCUAGCCCAGAGGGUAGCUGCUCUCACCAAGGCGGAGGAACGUCAUGGCAACGUGGAGGAGAGGCUGAGGCAGCUGGAGGCCCAGCUGGAGGAGAAGAACCAGGAGCUGCUCAGGGCGCGGCAGAGAGAGAAGAUGAACGAGGAGCACAACAAGCGUCUGUCGGAGACGGUGGACAAACUCCUUUCAGAGUCGAACGAGAGGCUUCAGCUUCACCUCAAAGAGAGGAUGUCCGCUCUGGAGGAUAAGAACUCUCUGAUCAGAGAAUUGGAUCACACCAAGAAGCUGAUUGAGGAGUCUCACCAUGAGAAGGAGCAGCUCCUGAUCCAGAUCGAGACCAUGAGGGCCGAGAGCGAGCAGGGGAGGAGCCGGAGUAACUCCUUACUACACGGACGCUCUCAGCUGGGCAGCACUCCAGAUUUCAGGUAUCCGGUGUCGGCCUCCUCCAUGAUGGACAGUAACUCGGACCACUACGGCAGCGCUCUGGUGCUGAGGCGGCCUCAGAAGGGACGCAUGGCAGCGCUCCGGGACGAGCCAUCCAAGGUGCAGACUUUGAACGAGCAGGAGUGGGAGCGCAUGCAGCAGGCCAACGUGCUGGCCAACGUGGCCCAGGCCUUUGAGAGUGACAUGGACGCCUCGGACCUGGAGGAGGAUCGAGAGACCAUCUUCAGCUCGGUGGACCUGCUGUCCCCCGGUGGCCAGGCGGACGCACAGACCCUCGCCUUAAUGCUGCAGGAGCAGCUGGACGCCAUCAACAAUGAAAUAAGGAUGAUCCAAGAGGAGAAGGAGAGCACCGCCAUCCGUGCGGAGGAGAUUGAGUGCAGGGUGGGCAGCGGGGAAAGCUUAGGAGGGCGUUUCCGAUCGAUGAGCUCCAUCCCUCCGUCACUGUGUGCCGGAUCCUCGUUGGGCGGCUCCCCCCCGGGCUCUGGUCACUCCACCCCCAGGCGCGUCCCCCGCAGCCCCAACAGAGAAAUGGACCGCAUGGGGGUCAUGACCUUGCCUAGUGACCUGCGCAAGCACCGCAGGAAGUCGGCUCAGGACGACAAGGCCACCAUCCGAUGUGAGACGUCGCCCCCCACCACUCCACGCUCCAUGCGCCUGAGCAGGGAGGCGGGCUUUACCGCAAGCCACGAGGACAUUCGAGACAUUCGAGGUCUGGCCGGCCUGCAGGACGGUCAGGGUAGUAACCCCAGCAGCAGUAACAGCAGCCAGGACUCGCUCAACAAAGCAGCCAAGAAGAAGAGCAUCAAGUCUUCCAUUGGACGCCUCUUUGGGAAGAAGGAGAAGGGCCGACCCAGCAUUCCCAGCAAGGACUCCUCCCCCAGCCAAGCCGGCACUCCUGAAGCGGAGGGCUCUCCAAAGGACGGCUUAAUGGGAACGCUCGGAGGUCCUGCAGAGAAGAACAGGAAGCUGCAGAAGAAUCCAAAGACAGGGCAUGAAUUACUGGAGGAGGCUCGCAGGCAGGGCCUGCCGUUCGCCCAGUGGGACGGACCAACUGUCGUCGUUUGGCUGGAGCUGUGGGUGGGCAUGCCAGCCUGGUACGUGGCUGCAUGCCGUGCUAAUGUGAAGAGUGGAGCCAUUAUGUCAGCGCUAUCGGACACAGAGAUCCAAAGAGAGAUCGGGAUCAGCAACCCGCUACAUCGUCUGAAACUCCGCCUGGCCAUCCAGGAAAUCAUGUCUCUCACCAGCCCGUCGGCCCCGCCCACCUCAAGAACGACCACAGGAAACGUUUGGGUCACACACGAAGAGAUGGAAAGUUUGGCAGCCACACCUCCCACGGAGGAUGACGAGGGUAGCUGGGCACAGACUUUGGCAUACGGAGACAUGAACCACGAGUGGAUCGGUAACGAGUGGCUGCCCAGCCUGGGUCUGCCUCAGUACCGCUCCUACUUCAUGGAGUCCCUGGUGGACGCCCGCAUGCUCGACCACCUCACCAAGAAGGACCUCAGGGGACAGCUCAAAAUGGUGGACAGCUUCCACAGGAACAGUUUUCAGUGCGGCGUGAUGAGUCUGCGGAGGCUCAACUACGACAGGAAAGAGCUGGAGAGACGAAGAGAGGAGACUCAGAUGGAGCAUCAAGAAGUGCUGGUGUGGAGUAACGAGCGCGUGAUCGUCUGGAUUCAGGCCAUCGGGCUCAAAGAGUACAGCGCGAACCUCUACGAGAGCGGCGUCCACGGAGCGCUGUUCGCUCUGGACGAAACCUUCGAUCACAACACUCUGGCUCUGCUGCUGCAGAUCCCCACACAGAACACACAGGCCAGAGCGACUCUAGAGCGUGAAUACAACAGUCUGCUGGCCCUCGGCACAGACCGGAGAAUGGAAGAGGAUGACGAUAAGAACUUCCGCCGAGCUCCCUCAUGGAGGAAGAAGUUCAGGCCCAAAGACGUGAGGGGGAUGUCGUUGGGUGCGUCCGACACCCUGCCCGCCAACUUCAGAGUGACCAGCAGCAGCGCAGCUUCAUCUCCCUCCCCGCAGCCAAAGAGGAGCCCGAUGGACGGAAGUCAGUCUAUACAGAGGCUGGACACUGCCACAGUCAGGACCUACUCUUGUUAACACACAACGUUUAUCCUCAUUAUUUCUAUAGGUAACCGCUGGUCAGAGGACGAAGGGGAGUUCCCCGCGUUCAAGACCCGGAUGAUGAACUGAAAUGACUUUAAGGACACUAAGAAAAGAAAAAGAUUUUUUUUUUUGUCGUCAACACACACAGAGAGAGAGAGAGAGCGAGAGAGAGAGUUUACUCACCGAUCUCAGUCUCCCUAGAGGAAACCUUUUUAGAUGUAUCUACAGGUGUUGUUAUAUUUAUGUCGACCGAUGGGACGUUUUAAUUGAUUUUUAGAAUAACCAUGUAAUCCUCUUUUUGUUGUCGCCUCUAUCGACCCACUUUUUAACGAAAGAAUAAUUCCUCCACUGUGCCCGUAUUAAGCUGAGCUCUCAGAUGUAUGUAACUGAAUGUUUUUAUGGUCUGGAGUUUGUAUAUUUCUACCGACAGACGUUUUAUCUAAUCUUUUUUUAUAAUCCUGAUUCUAUUGACGAGAUGUACGUUAUUGUCUCCUUCUCUUUUGAUCUGACUUCUAAUCAUCAAGUGACUUUGAUACGUGAUAUAUAACUUCCUCAUAUCGCCCCGCCCCCUUUUUACCUGUCGUCAUGUUUGUAGCUUCUCACCUGUGACUUUGUGUGAAAGCAGCUGUGAGGUCAGCAGGUGUGUGACUGUUUCACAAACCUCUCCACGCUGUGAGUCGUCCGAUCCGUCGUCCGCCGAUUUAAAAAAAAAAAAAAAAAACUGCUGGCAGGCCGGGCGACGGUGACGACAGAUAUCAUGUGAAACACAUUCUCUUCUUUUCUUUACUUUUUCAUAUCUAAGAAACCAAAAUGAAACUCUUGAAUUUAAAGAAUUAAAGCCAUAUAUCAGUAGCGAGACAAAAAAAAACUAAACAGAGGGCUUCUUUCGUUGAGCUCGAGGUUCUCUCUCGUUGACCUUGCAUGCGGAAACUUCUCCACAUAUCCCCCCCCCCUCCCCUCCCCUCCUAUCACAAAGCAACCUUCCUCACCUCUGGAGAACCACGCAGCGCAGGCUCACCUGUACAGGAGGACUUUAAACGUACAGACGAGCCCGACGUGGACACUCCUUCCUUCGAUGGACCAACUUCACUGAGGCCUCAGUCGAUCCACGCUGCGACUCGAGGCGGUGCGAUCCACCCAGCAACCUUCUUUUUUCUUUUUUUUUAAACACUUGUAUGACGAUUUCAUAUCGAGCCUUAUUGUUUUCUUAACUCUUCUCUGUCGUCUCUUCUUAUUUAUUAUCACUCACCCUUGCUGUGUUUUUGUCAGGUGUACCUUCAUAGCUGAAGCCCCAGUUCGCUCCUAUGAAUGUAGCAACGUCCCUCACGUCUAAGCUUCGUCCCGUCUUCGCUCCAAAACACAGGUUCCAACGCCGGCUCUCAUUGAGAACGAGAAGGAACCGCAGAUUUUCUCCUCCACCCUCUGAGUGGUUAAAGCUGAACGUAGAUUUGUUUUUUUUUCUGUUUGUGAUUUAGUCAUUCAUGCACAAUGCAAAUCAUGUCGCUGUUGUUUUUAUUCCUGCUCUUCCCGUUGAAUCCUCUGAUCUUGUAACAAUGAUGUACAGUCUGAGUACUUAUAAACUAUUUUUAUCACAAUAUUAUUUAUUGCUUACUUUCAAUAAAAUACUGAAACUUAUUUUCCACGGCAGAUUAAAGGACUAAAGAUUU